AUGGCAACCACAGCCUCCGGUAUUUCUCUCCCAGACCAGCAAUCCAAUCUCGAAGGCCUCCCGAAUUCACUCGCAAGUCUGACCUUGCAAAAUGACGGUGGCCAAAGCGACAAUUCAGACGAAAAACCAAAGCCAGACAGUCCUCCUCGUCCAUUAAAGAUAUAUACCCCGCAACAACUGCUCUUCUUGUACGAAUCUCCCCUUGUACAAGUCCCUAAUGGAAUGCCGGAUCUCAAGGACUGGUUUGGCACUGAGAAUGAACAAAACAUGAAUAAGAAAGAGUCAGAGACAAUCUUGCCGGUUAGCAGUGCUAGACGGCACAGAAGAGACCCCGAGGAUGACACGACAGCGAGGCCCUCUUUCCGUUCCGCGUUAACUCAACCCUCUCAGAUGGGUAAUUUCAAACACCAAUCUCUUCGUGCACCAGAUCGUGACAGAGACACGAGGGACUUCAGAGACAAAGAGGGCCAUGAACAUCUCAGAAAUGUACCUCUCGACUGGUCGGCCAAACAGCAGGGUCAACUACUACCCGGCGCGCCGAAGGAAGGGAAGGUGCGAGGCGGCGUGGCGACGGUGAUGACUGGCGGCGAGGAGGUGACAGGAAUCCGAGAGAUGACAGGUCAGAUACUACUCGCAGAGAUCGGGAUGACCGUGAGCGGCCUCGCUCGCGUGUACGCGACACUUCUAGACCUCGGAGAGAUCCAUCUACUGGUCGUCGUGAUAGAGACAAAACCCGAGACCGAGACGACCGUCCAUUGGACCGUCGGGAUCGUGAUGACUACAGACGCGACUACGACCGCGAUUCAGAACACGACGACCCUCGGCGUUGGAGAGAUGAUGAAACCUCGUGAUCGCAAGGUCAAUGGCGACGACAAAGACAGAGAUGACCGUCGUGAGCGAGAGAAGGAAAAGGAACCCGCUUGGAUGGACACAUAUAUUCCCUCUCCAUCGAGUGGCGGAAUCAUGGGCGGUAAUGCCGAUGAAAUUGAUGGGAUACAGGCUUGGAAGAAGGACAUGAAGGAGAAGCAAGAGAAGGAGAAGUCAGCCCUUCAAGCAGCUGCCGACGAUGCUCCUGCACCUUCAUUGCCACCCGCACCUUCCGCAAAUGGGAUGGGCGGCGCAAGCAACGGGUUGGACGAGAUUCAGAUGUUCCGCAUGCUCAUGAAGAAAGAAGACGAGAAGAAAAAACAAGUCGAAGCGCCUGAUAUGGUAGAUGCGAAGACUGGCCCGCCUAUUCCACCACCACCAACGAAUGAUUCAGAAAAGCCUGUCGCGUCCGUCAAGCCCAGUCCAAUAAUCAGCGUCACGAAUAAUGAUGGCCCUAAUACCCUUCUCACCAUGCUAACCCAGACGACCACUACUUCCCAAUCAAUUACCGUCCUCGAAUCCUCGAUAUCCACGCCUCCCGGGCUGUCCGACCAGAACAAGCCGCCGACGUCUAGACUCUUCCCCAUCCCCCAAGCUACCUCCACGAAACCCUCCGAACCGACCGCACUCCCCUCUCAUCAACUCAAUCCGCACCCUGGCUCUCGCCUGCUCGCGUUUGGUGCACCCUCCAAUCCCGUCCCCAAACCACAUUCACCUAUGUCACCUUCCUCUUUGGACCCACCGAUGGUGGCUAAUCCGCACUCAGCGUCUCCAGCUCAUGGUAUAAAUGCGGCAAUGCCUAAACCUGAGCUCCGUCCUCAACAAGGCUUCUCACCCUUCGAAGAGGGAGCUGCUGGCGGCAACCCAAUGCUCCAAGGCUCCGAAGGGUUUGCUAGUUACUCCCAGAUGGGCCAAUCGAUGCGCCGCGUAUCUGGCGAGCGUGCGCCCCCUAUUCCAUCUGAGAACGGACUUCAUAUGGAAUCCUCACUACCCAACGAUACAGCUAAUGUCGCCCUUGCCUCCAGCAAAGGCAGCCGCUUCGCAAAGUUCUUUGACGGCAAUAAAAAUCGUGACCCCGUGAAUGCGCGCGCGCAACCUUCCUCUGGCAGUCCGAUUGGACCUUCAGGUGGUAUACGACAUGACGAUCAUCUCGUUGGUAACAAUGGUAUAAACGUCAAUGAUAAUCGGGCCAUGGCGGAGAUAUUCAACAUGCUCAGCAACUCUGCCCAGGGCCGAUCAUUGAACGGCAUCCACCAACCGCCGUCAGCGAUGAACGGUGGCCACACCUCGUAUGGUCAACCCGCACAACACACGCAUAGCCCCCUACAAAUGCUUGGACAGCAGCACCCCCACCAACAACAGCCACUCAUGCACGGAAACGCUCGCCUUGACUCCCUGUAUGACAGCCGAUUGGAUGACCGGUCGUUCGUCCCCGACGGAAUGGUUCCUGGUCUGCGCAAUGCUCCUCUCCCUCGCGGCCAUGAUAAUGGAGGAAUGUUUCCGGAUGCCAUGGACGAGCUCCACUUCGCCAGGCAGCAGCGCAUGCCAUUGCAGCAGCGGGUACCUGAACAAAUGUUCCCCGGCCAAGUUCCUAUGUUCUCCCAGCAACCUGGUCGUAACGCGGGCAUCCCCAUACAACAACAACCGUUCCGCGGCGGGCCAUCUCCCAUUUCGCUGCAGAAUCAACUGCAGAACCAGCUGCCUAACCAUGGACAACGAUUGCCUCCCGGCCUGGCGAACUUGGGUGGUAGGCCACCGCAUGAGCCCAACCAGUUUAUGGGAAAUAUGCAGCAGAAUUCGGCUCUGUUGAACGCAUUGCAAGGCAGCCACCUUGGCCAACCAACGUUCAACAACCUCCCCAAUUCGAAUAACCUCGGCUUUGGUCCUCCGAUGCGUGGUCCUCCGGGACAUUCGCCGAUACAGGCCAACCUGCCGCACAACAACGUGGGGCUCGGACAUCCUAACAAUAUGGAUAUGCGGAUACCAAGUCAAGCCCAGCUGAUGGGUCUUGCGGGUGGAGGCGUUCGAGGUUUCAACCCUCAGCAAGGUCCUGGCCAGCUGCCUCUAUUAGGAAUGCGUCAACAACCACCUAUACUACCGCCCCACAUGGCACAAGGUGGCAUGCCUGCUCACCUCCAACAACAACCUAACAACCCCCAGAACCAUGAUCUUAUGGCACUCCUGAUGGGUGGUCCCCACCGAGAGUGA